AUGGCUCUUGAAACAAUGCAUAAAGACUCCUGUAUGUGUUCUCGAUUUAUUUUCUGUCCCACCCACUCAAGUGGUAAUGGAAAAAAGGAUUUUGGGAAGAUGUCGAUCCUAUUACGAGAAUAUGUUCUUCAGAUACGGUAGAAUUUUCAUGUGCUGCCAAUUCUGGAGUUUAUACUGACUUAGCAAGCAGUUACCUAUACGUUAAAGCAAAGAUCACUACCGCAGCCGGAGGUAAUGUGGGUGCAGACAUUCAAGUUGGACCUUCAAACCUUUGGAUGAAUGCAUUAUUCUCACAAGUUGAAGUAUUUUUGAACAACAAACUGGUCACCCCAUCAAGCACAGCAUACCCUUACCGAGCGUAUAUCGAAACGAUCCUGAACUUUAGUAAAGACGCCAAAGAUUCACAUUUGACCUCAGCACUGUUCUAUAAAGAUAAAGCUGGAAAGAUGGAUACAGUAAACCCUCUCGCACAAGAUGCCAACGUCAACACGGGAUUAAAACAACGCCAUGCAUAUACACGUGAAAGCAAAUCUGUCGCCAUGGAAGGAAGACUUCAUUCUGAUCUAUUCGCGCAAGACCGUUAUAUUCUUGGUGCUGUUCCAAUCAAGAUCAAGCUGGUGAGAACUAGAGAUCCGUUUUGUUUGGUAUCAUCCGCAGAAAAUCCCAAUUUCAAAGUGGUCAUCGAGGAAUGUUUGUUUCGUGUACGACGAGUUAACGUAGCCCCUAGUAUUAUACUGGCUCAUUCCCAGUCCCUUCAACAAAUCACUGCCAAAUACCCAAUCAACAGGAUCGAAUGCAAGGUUGUCUCCGUACCUCGGGGGAAUAUGUCUGGAAACCAACCUAAUAUAUUUCAAGGUGGUUUACCAAAUCGUAUC